AUGGAUUGGUUCCACUGCAACCAGUGUUUCAGGAAGAGCGGGUCAAAGUUCGCUGUGUCCAGCUGCGGCCACAUCUGCUGUGAAGCUUGCAUUAAACCAAAGCAGUGCAGCGUGUGCGGGGCGAGCUGCAGCUUCCUGCCCAUCACUGACGAGGUUCGGUCCACCCUGUCCUCAGCACAAACCAUCAGUGUUCAGGUUUCAUUCACGAGCUUUCUGUUUCAGAUGAAGCCGCAGGAAAAAGUGUUUUUCAAGGAUCCUGUAAAACUCAUUCAGUCCAGGAUGGCGCACUUAUCCCAGAUCGCAGUUUUUCAGCGGUCUCAGAAGGAUGGAGUCAUAGCUCACCUGAGGAACAAGUCAUGUGAGCUGGAGAGGCGUCUAAAGGAAGUCAGCGAGCAAGGCUACAGGCAAAUGUCUGAGCUGAAAAGAGAAAACGCAGAGUUAAAAAAGCAGCUGACGGAGCUGAAGAGAGAAACUGCGGAGUUAAAGAAGCCCCUCUCUCAGAGGAGGGUUUCUCCGGGACAUUUUCAAACUGCUGGGACUCAGAGGGUGUCGCUGCCGGUGGCCGUUACCUCACCAGUUACGCCUCGAUCAAGAACUGUGAGUCACGGAGGCUCAGCGGAGUCCCAGAGGUGGUCCAGAGACAGAGCUCUUUCUCUCACUACUCCUGGAUCGGUGGCCUCCAUUUCCAGCCUCAGCUCUCUUCUUGAACACAGAACACCUCCAUCUUUCAGCACUCCUACAAGAGCUCAGACUCCCGUGUUUCAGUUCCCGUUUAUGAACGGAUUGUCACUACAGUCACCCAGACGGUGA